AUGGGCCCGCGCUCGACCCCGCGCGCGUUCGGUGACGCCCGGACGAACGACGCCGUGCGCGCGCGCGAUGGGACGCCGGUGAAGACGCCGCUCGCGAUGGGACGACGGGACGAUGAUGUGGGCGAUGAAAACGUGACGCCGACGCCGCGGGCGGGGACGCUCACGCCGCGGGCGAGCGCGCUGUUGCGGGAACAGCGGUCGUUGGCGUCGCCGUUGCGGGCGGCGAUAUCGCCGGAGCGACCGGCGAGCGGGGUGCGGUCGAGCGUGAAGGCUGGGGAGAGCGCGACGAAGCGGGACGUGAGGCGACUGCGCGAGCUCAACGCGAUGUUGAUGAAACAGUUGAGCGCGGCGCGGACGUCGUGCGCGGAGGCGGAGAGCGCGAGGGAGAACUUGGGGGAGAGUGUCGAGCGCGAGAUGGCGCGAUCGAAGGCUUUACAGAGGGCGGUGGAGGAGAAGGCGGAGGCGUUGCGGGCGGCGGCGAAAAAGGCGAAGACGCGCGGCGACGAGAACGCGCGCGAGGAGGUGGUUCGCCUGCGUGAGCUCAACGCCAGGCUCGUGAAGGAGGUGACGAUCGCGAGAAACGUCGUCAAGGCUCGGGAGAGCGAAAAAGAGGAUUUGAAGGAGGCGGCGGGGAAAUCGGAGGCGCGCGCGUCGACGCUCGGCGCGGAGAUUGAGCACAAACAAAAGUCGCUCGAGCGCGUGCAGGCUGCGUUGAGGAGCGCCACCGAGCGCGCCGCGGACAGCUUGCGGACGAAUGCGAAGGUUGAAAAGCUCGCGGAGGCGAACGCGGUACUCAUGGGCGAGCUCGCAGCAUUGCGAGAAUCCGCGUCGAGCGACGCGCAGGCGCUUCGCGCGCAAAUCGCGAUGAAAUCAGACGCGCUCGCCGCGGCCGAGGCUGAUCUCGCCGCGGCCGAGGAAGAGCUCAGAUCUCUGGGUAACGCGAAAGCUGACGUUGACAGGCUUCGAUCGCUGAACGCGACGCUCUUGCAGCAAAUCAAAUCUCUUCGCGUCAAGGCUGAUGAGGCGCUCGACGUCUCGCUCGCCCUUGAGGGCAAGGAACGAGAACUCGCCAAGGUGCAAUCCGACUUGAAGAGCGCCGAGGCCGCCAAGGUCGUCGCCGAAGACGACGUCACGAAGCUCCGCGAGCUCAACGUCGUUUUGCUGCAGCAAAUCACCGAGUUGAAGGAGAAUUCUGAGUCCGGGGCGGAGGAGUUGGCGGCAAAGCAAUCCGAGCUCGACGCUGCGCAAAUGGCGCUCGAACUCGUCGAAGAAGAGAGCGCCCGCGCGCAUACCGACGCAUCCAAGCUUCGUGAGCUCAACGUCAUCAUCAUGGCGCAAAUUAAGACGCUGAAAAAGUCUUCCCUGGAAGAUCGCGCCGCGUUCAAGGCGGACAUGGACGCGAAGUCGGCGGAGCUUUCCCGAGUGCAAGACGAAUUUGAAGAGCUGCAGCGUUCCGCGAAGGCCAGUGAAAGCGAGCUUGAAAAGGCUCGUCUGAACAUCGCGGCGUUGAACGGCGAAAUUUCGACGCUCAAGAGCAUCGCUCAGGAUAACUUGGCGACGAGUGCGCAUCUGAGCGGACAGAUUGAUGAGAAGAAAUUGGAGCUGACCGACGUCAAGGAAGCUCUCGCCGCCGCCGAGGCGAAGGCCGCGAAGCUCGAAUCGGUUGAAUUCGACGUCAUCAGUCUUCGCGAGUUGAACUCGGUGCUCAUCGCUCAAGUCAAGACUCUUCGUGCCGUCGAGAAAGAGAACGAAGCGCUCGCCACGGCGUUGCGCGAGCGAUCGGCUGAACUCGAAAAGACGCAGCUCGCGCUCGCCGCCGCCGAGCGCGCCAGAGCGACGGGAGAGAAAGUUUCUGAGCGAGAAAUUGCCAAUUUGCGCGAGCUCAACACGCGAAUCAUUCAGCGCAUGGGCGAGGUGAAGGAGGAGCAACAAAAGAAGUUCCAGCAGCUCAUCGACAGCAAGACGUUAGAACUCACGCAAGCCAAGGCAGAGCUCUCCGACGCCACCAAAAAACUCGCGGCGGGGAGAAGAGACGGCGCGGCGCUCGAAAAAUCUUUCGAAAAGCUUCGCGUCAUGAACUCUGAACUCCUUGGCUCGAUCAAGGCGUUGGAGUCUGAAAUUGAAGAAGAGAAAAAGUCCACAAUCGAGAUGCGAAAAUCCAUCUCCGCCGCGCAGGUUGAGUGCGACAAGUUAGGCGAACGACUUAUCACGAAGGACGCUGAGCUUCAGUCCGCCUGGUCCGCUCUCAUGGCGGCGAACGCAAACCUGAAGCACGCUCUCCACGACGCUGCGGGCAUGCGAGCUCUGGCUGAGAAGCGCGGUGAGGAACUCGAAGAGGCAAACGUCAACGUUGAUCGACUUCGCGAGCUCAAUAAGAUGAUGAUUGAACGAUUGCACAAGGCAAAGAAGGCUUCCCUCGAGGCCGAGGCCCUGAACGCUGAGUUCGCAGCGGCGAAAACGCAAGCCGAGGUGUCCGUUCGUCAAGAACAAGCCAAGGUUGCGGCGCUCGAGCAACAGCUCAAGGAGAAGGAUGAGGCGUACGCCAAGACGACUGAGGAAUUGCGCAUCGAAAUGGAAGCGGGUAACUCCGCCGCUGCGCGACGUCUGGAGGAUCUGCAGCUUCAAACGCACAACCAAAUCCAUUCCAUCGAGAGGCAACUGGAGUACGCCAAUCUGGAGCUUCAAAAGGUCCAGCAAUCUGAGGCGUCCCUCAUCGAGGAUCAAAAGAGAAGCGCUGAAGAAGUCGAGUCUCUCGUGGGCGCCAUCGCGCAAAUCGAAAUCCAAGCCAAGAAGGACGUCGCCGAGCUGAACAAGCAAAUAUUCUCACUUCAAAAAGAGAUCAUUUCGUCCGACUCGAACAACAAGGCUCUGACGAAGAAGCUCAAGUCGUCCAAGGCGGAAAUCAAAGUGCUCGAGCAACAGCUCGAAGAUGCGCAGAAAACUUCAAGCCAACGCUGGAAAGACAUGGUCGCCGCGUCCAAGGAGCUGCAAGACGCUCUCUCUUCCAACAAGAUCAAGGACACUAUUAUUGAGACCAUGCGCAAGGAGCUGAAGGAUCUGACGAACACGGCUGAGCAUUUCACUCGACUUGCCAAGGAGAAUGGCGACGAAGCCAAGGAUACGUCAGUCGAGUUGACGCGCGCCAAGGGACAGCUCGUCGUCAAGGAAAAGCGCAUCGAACAUCUCACCGCGACAUUGAAAGAAACUGAAGCCGUUCGAAACGAGCUGUUCAACAAGGUCGCGCACCUCGAGCGCAAGGGAGGCGUCGCUGAGAUCACCAUUCGCGCCGCGGCGGAGCAUCUGCACACCGCUAAUGAGCGCGUUCGAUCACUCGAGCAUCAGCUCAAGUGCGAGCGCGCUGAGUUCGAGCGCGUCAAGGAAUCGCUCACGCAAUCUCUUUCCGCCGCUGAGCGUUCGAUGCAGGCCAACAUGGCGCUCAUCGUCGAGCUCGAGUCCAAGUAUCAAAAGACGCUGCAAGCGCUUCUCAUCGAGCGACAUCACAACGAAGAAGAACGCGAAGAGAUGCGCAAGGAGCUCUCUUUCGUGAACGAACAGCUCGAACACGUCUCCACCGAUCUCGAGGCGAUGAUCGAGCGAAACAACCGCGGGAUUUUGCUCAAGAUUGCGGACAGCGACGUCGCCAGGCUCGUUUUCGGCGCCCAACCCGGCGCGCCCGUCCGAGUCAAGGCGCUCAUCAGAAUCGGCAUCUUCGGCGGCGCCUGCGCCAUGGUCUCGCACAUCGUUCGUGAAAUCAAGGCUAAACGCACCGCGCGGUGA